AUGAAAGACACGAUCCCAGACUUUGUCAUCGUCUUCACAGUUUGUGAAUCCGUGAGACAAAGGCUGAAGAAGAGCGGGGCGGACCUCCUCCCUCCUCCUGCUUCUCUCUCUUCUCAUCUCUCUCCUCCUGUCCCUCCUCCCUUCUCUCCCCCUCUCCCAGCUCCCCUCCCUCCUCCUUUCCCUGCUUCUCUCUCUUCUCCUCGUCCUCCUCCCCUCUCCUCUCCCUCCUCCCCUAUCUCCUCCUCCCCUCUCUUCUCCACUCUCUCCUCCCCCCUCCCCUUAGAGACGCAGAUCGCUGCGAUGGACACUCAGCUGUUCAUGGAGUGUGAGGAGGAGGAGCUGGAGCCGUGGCAACUGGUGGACGACUGUGUGGAGGAAGAUGACGACGACUACAUGGACUACACCAGACCAGUGGAAGACUCGCCCGGCUCCUCCCCCACGCCUGAGUCUCCGCCCACAGCCCCGCCCCCUGCCUUGCCCCCUGCCUUGCCCCCUGUCCCCACAGCUCCGGUCCAGGUCCAGGCUCCGGUUAGGUCUUUCCCGAUGGCGCUCACAAAGGCUCCCGUUACCAUGACGACGGCAACCAUCCAGGCCCCGCCCACAACCAUCAAGGCCCCUCCCCUAACCAUCAAGACCACACCCACAACCACGCAAGCCUCGCCCAUUAUCUUGUCUCAGUUUCCACAAGGGACUUUCCUCUUCACACAGGGUUUUUCCAUGAUGAACUCGGGGACUCCUCUGGUCUUCAACCUUCCCCCCGGGUCUACAGUCCUCCCCGCCGGGUCCAAAGUCCUCCAAUCCGGGUCUACAGUCCUCCCCGCCGGGUCCAAAGUCCUCCAACCCGGGUCUACAGUCCUCCCCGCCGGGUCCAAAGUCCUGAAACCGGGCGAGAUCCUGAAACCGGCUCCGACUGUGUUUAAACCAGGACAGCCCCUGACCCUGAUCCAGUCGCCCUCUAUUGGUCAGGUGGUGCGUCCUGUCACACCUGUGAGAGGCCCCGCCCCCUCCGGUACACCUGGACUGAUGCACCUGACCAUUCACGCCAAUGAGCCAAUCACAGGCCAGCGAGUGACUCCAGUCUGUAGCCCCGCCCACCCCGCCGGCUCGUCCAAUGGCGUGCCUCGCUCCAUCACCAUCGUGGCUCCGCCCUCUUCCUCGGGCUCCGCCACUGGACGAGCUGUCGUGUCCUUCAACCAGCCGCGCCUCGUUGCCCCACCCCCACAACCACCCAUCUCCAUGGCAACGACCACACGAGCUGCAGUCCCGCCCUACGCCGUCGACCACGCCUACACAGCUCUCUCCCCAGGCCCCGCCCCCACUGCCCCCGCCCCCUCAGACCGCGUGGUCAUGAGCGUGGAGGAGUUCUACUACGGCACGAGUGACGGAGACGAGAAACUGAGAGACGGACACAAGUACACCGCCAUGUUGGUUCAAUUCCCCUGCAGCCUGUGUGAGCACCAGGCCAACAACAACCUGAGGUUGAUGCAGCACAUGUUGACUCACUGGAAACCCGUAAAUCGCGCUGACGACUUCAAAAGCUGCAAGUUCUGCUACAGACACUUCUCCAACAGCAUCAGUCUGAAGGAACACCUGGACAAGGUCCAUGGCCCCGCCCCCUCCAACUGUGUGUGUCGGAUCUGUGAAUGGGCCUUUGAAGAUGAACCUGCGUUUUUAAACCACAUGAAGAGCAACCACAAACCAGGAGAGAUGCCCUACUACUGUCAGAUCUGUUUCUUCCGCUCCUCGUUUUACUCUGAUGUGAUCCAACAUUUCUUCACGUUUCACCGAGAGACUCGCUUCCUGCUUUGUGUGUUCUGCCUCAAGAUCCUAAAGAACUCUGAGCUCUACCAGCAACACGUGCUGCGACACCAGCAUGAGGCCUCUCACUGUAAUCGUUGUCGGCUUCAAUUCAUUUUCCUUCGUGAGAAAAUUGGUCACAAAACGGAGCAUCACCGCAGCUACAGGCGCCCGGCGCAGCUGGAGGGCCUGCCGCCGGGGUCAAAGGUGACCAUUCGAACUUUUGGGCGCCGCAAGACAUCAGAGCCACCCCGUCCUCCGAUGUCAGGCCCCGGCCCUUCCAUAAAAAGCCCCUCCCCUUCCCUAACAAGACCCACCCCUUCCCUAAUGAGACCCGCCCCCACACUCUCAGGCUCCACCCCCUCACUCUCAGGCUCCGCCCUCACACUCUCAGGCUCUGCCCCCACACUCACAGGCCCCACCUUUACAUUCGCUGGCCCCUCCCUUACACUAUCAGGCCCCACCUUCACAAUAACAGGCCCCGCCCCAUUACUAGCAGGCUCCACCUUCACUCUCAUAAGUCCCGCCCACUCCAGGACAAAGGCCGCUCACUCAGACAUGAUUCAGCCAAUCAACAUCAAGACGGAGUCGCAGGCCCUCCUCUUGCAGAGACAGCAGCUCCCCCUGCAGGCCAGUACCGUGGCGGCCUCUCGGUGGCGCUGUAUGGAGUGUGGAGACCUGGUGUCAGUGCUGUCGUCUCAUUAUUCGUCUCACGUUCGAUGUUUACUCUGCUCCUACAACUCCUGCUGCUCCAAGGCCUACGCCACCCACAUGCUGCAUUCUCAUAACUUCCCUCGCAACAAAGAGCCCCCCCCUCUUCGCCGAGCAGGAACACCACCCAGCCGUCUCUCCCUCUUCUGCUCUCUGUGUCACUUUGUCCCUGUCUCUGGAGAUGACAUGGCCAAACACCUGGUGACCAACCCCAGCCACGGCUCAGCGACCGCCACAGCCCGAGUGCUCUCGGACCGGGACUUGGACGCGUUGCUCUCGGGGCGCUGUGAUUGGCCGGUCCGCCCGCCUCUGGCCCUGGUGCCGGCCUGUGAUUGGUCGAUGCCGGGUAUGGUGAGCGUGGGCACGUUCGGGCUCGCCGGGGGGCCGAACGCCACGCUUCCGCGCUCCGGAGAUGCCGCCGACUUCUUCCAGCGCCUCUUCCCUGACAACCUCAUUGCUCACAUCGCCAUGGAGACCAACGCACACGUCAGGACCAUGCGUUACCUGGGAGACAACAAGCUGCUCUCUGAUUGGACCGUGCUGAGUAUGGGGGAGCUCAAGGCAUUCUUGGGAUUGGUGAUCCUGAUGGGUCUACAGACACUCCCAGACCUGGCCCAGUACUGGUCCAAUGUGCACUAUGACCACAGUUACCUGUUUAACCAGGUGAUGACUCAGCGGCGCUUCACUCAGAUCCGCCAAUCGGUGCGUCCAGGCAACCCUAGCCCCGCCCCCAGUGGUCCAGGCCACACCCCCCCACCCAGACGCCCUGCCCCCCUCAGCCGAAGACCCGCCUUCAAGAAAGACCCGCUCCAGAUGUUCAGACGCAUGCUCCAGAUACAGGGCCAGGCCAUGAGCUCCUCCUACAGGCCUCGGUGUUGUCUCAGUCUGGAUCGGACCCUGCUCCCUGGGUGGACGAGCCUGGACCAGAUCCAGGGAGGAACUCAAGACCAAGUCCAAGACCAGGACCAGUCUCCAGAGCGGCCUCGACCCCAGGGCCCCUCCGCUCAGGUCUGGCUCCUGUGUGACUCCAGGUCUGGGUUCUGUCACCGUCUGCAGGUCCAGACAGACCCCUCUCCCCUGGUGUCUCCCUCUCUGGUCCUGGACCUCCUCUCUGGUCUGGAACAGCGCCACCAUCAGGUCUUUCUGUCCAACACUGUUUGUACGGAGCAGCUGCUGAUCGAGCUGCACCACAGAGGCAUCUAUGGCUCCGCCUCCUUCCCCAGAAACCACGCCCACUUCCCCCCAGAGCUGUGGGCCGACAGAGUGCUGGACCAGCCGGGGGAUUAUGUGCAGAAGCAGAAGGGGUGUGUCCUGGCGACGCGCUGGAUGGACGUGAAGGAGAUGGGUUUCCUGAGCACCAACGCUGCACCAGGUGGAGUGGACCAGGUGUGGAGGAGGUCCCAGACCAGGGCCGGGACCCUGGACCCAGUGGAGCGUCCUGAGGCGGUGCGCCUCCUGCAGGAGAACAUGAGAGGAGCAGACAUCUGCAAACAGCUGUUGGCCUGUAACCCUCUGGGGGGCGUGGCCUCGGUGCACCCCUGGAGAAACCUGCUGUGGCUCCUGGUCAACAUCAGCGUCGUCAACGCUUUCCUGGUCUUCAGAGAGGCCCGGAGGGACUGUCCCCCAGCAUGGGUCCUCAGGGGCCUCUUUACCCAGGAGAGUUUCCGCAGACGGCUCGGGACGCAGCUCGCCAAAUGCUUCACGCGCCUCCCCCGCCUGGAGCCGGCCCCGCCCCUCCCUCAGGGCUCUCUCCUGCCGGGGUCGCUCCCUCAGGGGUCGCUCCUGCCGGGGUCUCUCCCUCAGCGCUCUCUCCUGCCGGGGUCUCUCCCUCAGCGCUCUCUCCUGCCGGGCUCGCACCACAUGGUGAAGAUCAGUAAGAUCAGUAAACGCUGUAAGAACUGUCUGACCCAGAACCGCCGCCACGAGAGUCUGUACGGCUGCAGCCUGUGCCGAGCCAGUCUGUGCCAGUCACACACAUGCUUCUGGGAGUACCACAACCUGCAGCCUACACACACAUUCUCCUCUCGUUCUGGGUUCACUGUGGAUCCAAAGACGGGGGGGAUCUCAUUGAACGCUCCGGUGAAGGAGGAGGCGGACUUAAGCGCUCCAUUAGAGGAGGAGUCUGAAGAAGAGGAGGCGCAGCUUUUACCAGAGGGGGCAGAGCUACAGGCCUCCUCUCCUCUCUCUGUCUCCUCCUCGGACACCCUGGAGGCUCCAGAACUUUCAGAGCAGGUCUUCCCCGGGGUUCUGCCUCAGUUGUUCUCGGAGCGACAGCUGCAGAUCCUGCUGUGUGCUCUGUGUGAGGGCGUGUCCCGAGCCGCGCAGCUGUUCCACACGGAGGAGGAGGUGCUGAGGCGCUGGCUGAAGGAGGCACAGGAGGAGGUGGAGCGUACAGAGGAGGAGGAGCCAGAGGUGCAGCACUUGGAGGAGGAGGAGCCCAAGCGCGCAGACGUGAGCUGUCGGCUGGUGAAGUUUGUGCUGAGUGUGCGUGAGCAGCAGGUGGCGCUGUCCCACUCUGCUCUCUGCAGUAAAGUGUCGUCCCUGAAGCAGAAGGGCCUUCACUCCUUCAGGUUCUCAUACGAGUGGGCGGUCCACUUCAUGCUGCGUCACAGACUGCAGUUUCAGGGCGUGGCCACAGCGCUGACUCAGCGGCUCCCCCUGGUGUUAGCACGCAGCUGCCACGCCUUCCGCAGCUUCACCAGCUCACUCAUCGCUCGCCACGCCCUGCCGCCCGUCGCCGUGGCAACCAUGGACGAGUUCUGCGUCUACGGUGACUUCAGCGUCGACCAGAGCCGGCCACAAGACCUGCUGAGGCUGCAGAGCGCCCCCACAGGCUCCACCCCUCUGAUGACGGUGUUCCUGUGUGCGCUCUCGGACGGCACGCUGCUGCCCGCUCUCAUCGUGUGCGACGGGCCCCAGGAGCAGCGAGCGCUCCCCGACUGCGUCCUGCUGCAGAGCGCAGACGCAGACGUGAGCGUAGGCGCUGCUCUGGAGCUUUGGCGCCGCCGUGUGUGGGCGGAGCAUGUCCGUGACAUGCAGCUGCAUAAGUCUCUGCUGCUGCUGGACGCGCAUCGUCACCACGACAGCGGUGCCUUCGUGGCAGCGGUCGCAGACACACGCACCGUCCCUGCGAUCGUCCCCAAAGGCCUGAGUCACCGUCUGCAGCCGCUGGAGCUGUGUGUGACUCCUGUGCUAAAGAGAUGGCUGCAGGAGCGAUGGAGGAGCCACGUGAGCAAAGACACCAGCUCCGUGAGCGCAGACGCACACGUGAGCGCAGACUUAGACGUGAGCGCAGACUUAGACGUGAGCGCAGAUGCACACGUGAGCGCAAACGCACACGUGAGCGCAGACUUAGACGUGAGCGCAGACGCAGACGUGAGCGCCAACGCACACGUGAGCGCCAACGCACACGUGAGCGCCGACGCACACGUGAGCGCAGAGGCACACGUUAGCGCAGACGUGAGCGCAGACGCAGACGUGAGCGCAGACGUGAGCGCAGACGUGAGCGCAGAGGCACACGUUAGCGCAGACGCACACGUUAGCGCAGACGCACACGUUAGCGCAGACGCACACGUGAGCGCAGAGGCACACGUUAGCGCAGACGCACACGUGAGCGCAGCGGUGGGCGCAGACGCAGACGUGCGCGCAGACGUGAGCGCAGACGCACACGUGAGCGCAGACGUGGGCGCAGACGCAGACGUGAACGCAGACGCAGACGUGAGCGCAGACGUGAGCGAAGACGCACACGUGAGCGCUGACGCAGACGUGAACGCAGACGCACACGUGAGCGCAGACGCAGACGUGAGCGCUGACACAGACGUGAGCGCAGACGCACACGUGAGCGCAGACGUGAGCGCAGACGCAGACGUGAGCGCUGACGCACACGUGAGCGCAGACGUGAGCGCUGACACAGACGUGAGCGCAGACGCAGACGUGAGCGCAGACGCACACGUGAGCGCAGACGUGAGCGCUGACGCACACGUGAGCGCAGACGCAGACGUGAGCGCUGACGCAGACGUGAGCGCUGACGCAGACGUGAGCGCAGACGCAGACGUGAGCGCAGACGCAGACGUGAGCGCAGACGCAGACGUGAGCGCAGACGCAGACGUGAGCGCAGACCCACACCUGAGCGCAGACGUGAGCGCACACACAGUGAGUCACAAACCUCUGGACCCACGCAGUGUCGUGCACACACUGGUGCAGUGGACGAUGGAGGCGCUCGAACACAUCAGCCGACUUCCCCACAUCGUAGAGGAGUCGUUUCAGCUUGCAGGAGUUUUGGAGGCGCAACAGGAGGCGCGACUGCAGGAGGUGCAGGACGCUCUCAUGAAAAGAUUGAGCGUGAAGAUCACAGGGAAGGAGCUGGUGCGAGAGGAGGAUCCAGACUACUGGGACGUGAAAGGGGAGGUGCAAAGGAGAGACGUGGGCAGCAGAGUGCCUCAGAUGAUCCACCAGAGAGGAGGUGAAGAGAAGGAGGUGCAUCAUGUCACUGAGAAGGAAGCUCAGCAGUCGGAAUUACACAAUGAAGACAAAACAAAAUCUUCAAAAUCAGAAAGAAGAAUAUCUGCAGAGAGUGAGGGGCUACAGAUGGACCAGCAGGAGGAGGAGCAGGAGGGGGCGCAGGAGGAGGAGCAGGAGGGGGAGCAGGAGGAGGAGCAGGAGGAGGCCCAGGACGGGGCGCAGGAGGAGGCCCAGGACGGGGUGCAGGAAGAGGGCCAGGAUGGGACGCAGGAGGACGCGCAGGAGGAGGGCAAGGACGGGGCGCAGGAGGGGGCGCAGGAGGACAGCUUGGAGGAGGCGCAGGAGAAGGGGGUGCAGGGAGACAAAAUGGACUCUCAAAUGGAGCCCAAGGAACAGAAAAACAUCAAAAUGGACACUGAAAAGGCACAAACUGUAGAGGAGGUUCCAGAGAGAGGAGAGACACUCGUGAUGGAGGAGCAAACGGAGACAGAAGAGGAGGAGCGAGUGGAAGGAGACAAAAGGGACGCCUGGAUAGAAGCAGCUGCUGUUGUUACAGAGCAGAAGGAGCAGGAGGAGGUGCUAAUGGAGGAGCAAGAGGAAGUGCACGUGAAAGAUGAGGAUAAAGCUGAGGAGCGAUUGCAGGAAGACAGAGCUGCUUUCAGACUAGUUCAGGAGACUAUGGAGAGUGAGGAGGAGGCGCAGGAGCAGGAGGCGCAGGAGCAGGAGGCGCAGCAGCCGAGGCUCGAGACCCGCAUCCUGAUGGGAGCUGAUCUCGGAGACGAGUGGCAAGUGCAAAGUUUAGACGACAACGCGAUGGACGAAAGCUGA